CUCUUUCUCUGACUAUUUGCUCUUUAUUAGACCGUUGUAAAAUCAAUUUCUUUAAGCAAAACCCCAUCAAAGAAACUACAAAAGCAAUUAAAAGAAACAGAGCAAAGAAACUGACCCAUCUCUCAAAUCUAUCAACAAUGGAAGCAGAAUCAAACCCUACUUCUCAUCAAUCUCUCUUCAAUACACUUGACCCCAUGUCUCUAAUCCUCUCUCAUAAUUCCUACCAAUCUGACCAACUUGUCACUCUAAAACUCACCACAGAUAGCUACAUUAUGGAGAGAGGACCAAGAUACGGAGCAUAUGCAGAGUUAAGAGAAUCAAAGCUGAAGAUGAAGAAUUUAAGGCAAGAAGAAAUCGAAGAGAGUGAUUUUAAACAAACCCCACCAAAAAAACAAGUCAAAUUUCAAGCUAAUUUGACAAAUUCAAAAAAAGGGUUUUCCAAAUCCUCUGUUUUGGCUCAAUCUGUGCCUGAUUUCUCUGCUACAUUGAGAAAAGAAAAUAGAAAGCCACCUCUUGAAUUGACUCCUCCAUCAAAGAAUUGGGCGAAAGUUAAUGGGAUUUUGUCGAAUUCAAGAGGAAGUAAGUCUGCUAGUGCUGGAGAGAAAAAGACUGGAAUAAUGGCGAGAAAGAGUUAUGCUAGUGUUGAAGAAUUGAAAGGUUUGUCUAUGGCUGCUGCUUCUGCUAUUAGUGGUGAAAACAGAGGAGGGAGGGUUGGUAGGGGAAUUGGCAAGACUGUACUGGGUUAUAGGCAGUUUUAAUUUUGAAAUUUAUAGUAAUUCCACAAUUAAUGAGAGAUUUAUUGAUUUUUUUUUGUUUUUUUCUUUCUGGGUUUGUUAAUUGGGUUUGAUUUUCAUAAGAAGUUUGCUUUAUUACUUCUACUACACUUUCUUUGAAAAGCUGAGAGAGAUUAGUUAAAGAUUAAGGAUGGUUUGAUUAUGGUGGAUUGUAUAGUUAUUUGGAUAUGGUUUGGUUAUGUUUUAAAUACAAUUAGACACUAUUUGGAAUUCAA